ACAAAUAACCCACCCAAAUUUCCAAGAUUAUUAGCUCACCGCACUACAUUUGCACUUCAAACUCCAUCCUCCUACAAUGCCAAAGAUAAGCAGUUCACAAACAAAGAGCAACAGCCCACCGGGUUGUCAAAGUCCAUGCAAGAAUUCUACUAGUACUUGGUCCAGCCUGAGUCCUGUGUCCAGUCCUCAUGGCACAUUGAGGGGUAAAAGUAUAAUUGCACCCCCGGCCAUUCCACUUCAGGUGGGAGCAGACGGCGCUUCUGUAGAAAACCUAAUGGACUUUGCUGAGGCCGUAGAGAAUGAAUGUAGUAUCGAGCAGUUGUUUAUUGAAAGGAGAGCAAGGUGGAGUCACUUGGAGGCUAAGUUGUUUUCCACCCAGCUUCCAGGUGCCUCUCGACGGUGUAGCAAGGUGACAACGCUUGUUCAAGAACUUGGGAUGGAGAUAAGCAUACCUCGUGAUUUAUUCCUUCAAAAUUUUGUGAAGGCCAGUUGAAUUCCCCUGCUGUGGUGUAUAUUCUACUCUGUCUCCUAAGUAUGCAGUUGUCAUGGUUGAUCAUGUGUAUAUGUGGACUGGGAGGUCUUUUUGUCAUCUAUGCCUAUGUACUUCUGUCUUUUUUAUAGUCAAGGUGACGCCCACUCGGUCAAGUUGAAAUGUAUUCUCCAAUCAA